AUGAGAGAAUUAAAAAGCUUCAAAAUGACCUCAUUAUAUCAUAACCAUCAAUGGCCACCUGUGGGAGCUCCAACGAUUCUCCAGCAAGAGGAGCCAUGGAGAUCUCAGCUCAACGAUUCAGUUCAGUCAAUGCUGUUUCCUUUGGUUUUAUUGCCACCGCCAUUCUCAUCUCAAUAUUCAUCGUCAUGGCCAUCUUCGAAAUGCUUGUUCGAACCACCACCACCACCACCACUACUAGCUCACAUUCUACUUCGGGUCGGGUCCUUUCAUGUCUAG